ACAUAAUCAUUACCGUCUACACAAUGUUUUAAUCAUUAUUUUUAUAUAUUGAUAUUACAUGUAUUUCAGUGAUAAGUCUAAUAGAUUGUGUUACUAUAUGGUAUCUAUGUCCUCUUGAGGCGCGUAUAUGAUGCCUAGUUUCAUUAUCGCACUAAAUAGUCUCGUUUAUCAUGGUUUGCCAUCGUUAUCUGUUAGGAUUAGGUGCUUCUACGCUUUGUUUACGUAGAUUAGCUCAAUAUCCUUCCACGGAGUACCAUGGUAUAGCUUCACGCCAUCGCAGCCCUGGUUAUUAUGCCUAUAUUUUGGGCAAUUUUAACAUAAGCAAUGAGGAACAACUUUUUUCUUCUGUACAUUCACUCGCUAACAAUGAUUCAGAUGUUUUACCGGUGGAAGACAAUGGUACUACUAAUUUGACAGGUACUGGUGAAGCAACAUCUGAAACUGGCAAAGAAGAAGAAGUUGUGAACGAGCCUUAUAAUGGCAAUCGCAUGAGGAACUUCUGUAUUAUUGCCCACGUCGAUCACGGGAAGUCAACUCUUGCCGACCGUUUUCUUGAACUUACUAAAGCUGUUGAACCUCACGAGAUCCAGGGGCAGUAUUUGGAUAAUAUGGAGCUUGAGCGUGAGCGUGGCAUAACUAUUAAGCUUCAGAGUGCUUUGAUUAAAUACACCUAUCCUAAGGAUGGCCAAGUAUACAGUUUGAAUUUGAUUGACACUCCUGGCCAUAUUGAUUUUAAUCAUGAAGCUCGUCGUUCCAUAGCUGCCUGUGAGGGUGCCAUUUUGGUUGUCGAUGGUACUAAGGGCAUUCAGGCUCAGACUGUUACCACAUCUAUGAUUGCUAUAGAGGCUGGUUUAAAGCUGAUACCUGUGGUGAACAAGAUUGAUGUACCAUUUUGUGACUAUGAGUCGACCGUAGCUGAUUUGACCUCACUAUUUGACUUUAGUGAGGAUGAGAUAUUAAUGGCAUCAGCAAAGGAGGGUUUCGGUAUAAAUGAAAUUCUUGAUGCUGUGGUCGAGCGCAUCCCACCCCCAAAGAUUAACCUAGAUCGCCCUUUUAGGGCACUUGUUUUCGACAGUCAAUACGACCCUCACCGCGGUGUUGUUAGUUACGUUCGGGUAUCUGAUGGCAUAAUUAAGAAGCUAGACGAUGUGGUAUUUCUGGGUCAUAAUUUGGAAUCCCGUAUUACUGCAGUGGGUGUCAUGAUGCCGGAGUUACGUGAACGUGAUGUGUUAAGAUCUGGCGAGGUCGGUUGGCUGUGCAGCAACACUAAGGACCCUAGCAAGGUUGCUGUGGGUGACACCGUUGCUUUGAAGUCGGCGGUCAAGGACAAUAACGUUGAACCCUUAGUCGCUUUUGCUCCUGCCAAGCCAUCUGUAUUCGCUGGAUUAUAUCCUUGUGACGGUUCAGAUUACAUGCGUUUAAGCGUGGCACUUGAGAAGUUGAAGCUUAAUGACCAUUCAAUUGUAUUUGAACCCAGUGAAUCCAGUAUCGCCGGUCACGGGUUCAAGUGUGGUUUCAACGGUCUAUUGCAUUUGGACGUGACGGUACAACGUCUACAGCGUGAAUUUGAUGUAGGUGUAAUUGUGACAUCUCCAUCUGUACCUUACAAAUGCAUCCUUAAAAAUGGCAAGGAAAUAACCGUCAGCGAUGCCGCUCACUGGCCUGAAGAGGGUAUGGUAAAGGUAUCUAUGGAGCCUUGGACGAAUGUAACGGUUCGUAUACCUGGGGAUUGCCAUAAAAAGGUCAGUAACCUUUUGACUCAGAUGCGUGGUGAAUUUCAGAAGAAAUCUGAAUUUGCCGGUGGCAAGUCGUUGGUUCUUGAGUACAAAGUUCCCAUGAUUGAAAUCAUUUCAACAUUUUUUGAUAACCUCAAGUCAAUGACUAAUGGUUUCGGUUCAUUUGACUAUGAAGGUACGGAAUACCGUGAGAUUGACCUUUGCAAGUUGCGCGUAUUGAUAAAUGGUGAGGAGGCUGGCGGUUUAUCAAUGCUGGUUGCUCGUGAUAAUGCUUACAAAUCAGGCCGCCUUUUGGUGGAAACUCUACGUGAGGUGAUACCUCCUAAGCAAUUUAAGAUAAAUUUGCAAGCUGCCAUUGGCAAGCGUGUGAUUGCUGCUUUGAGUAUUCCUGCUUUGCGUAAGAAUGUAACGGAGCGUUGCAGCGGCGGUGACCCUAGUCGUAAACGUAAACUUCUUGAGAACCAAGCGAAGGGUAAGAAGUACAUGGCCGAGAUUGGUAACGUUUCAAUCCCAUUCGAUGCUUACAAGGCUGUUCAUAAGGCAUUGCGUUAACCGUAGCUAGCGUAUCGCGGUAUAUACUAG